UGCGCGGCGCAUGCGCGUCGCCCGCCUCCCCCCCCCUCCGGCGCGGGGAGGGGGAUGCGGACGGGGGAAGAUGGCGGCCUCGAACAACCCGCGGAAAUUCAGCGAGAAGAUCGCGCUGCACAACCAGAAGCAGGCGGAGGAGACGGCGGCCUUCGAGGAGGUCAUGAAGGACCUCAGCCUGACCCGCGCGCACCGGUUACAGCUGCAGAAAACCCAGUAUUUGCAACUGGGACAGAGUCGUGGCCAGUACUAUGGUGGGUCACUGCCAAAUGUGAAUCAGAUUGGGAACAGUGCCAUGGAUCUCCCCUUCCAGCACAACGGAGCUGUGGCAGAAGCCUUUGGAGCAGUUCCUGUCUCUUUGACUCCUUUUCAGUCCUCGGGGCUGGACACAAGCAGAACAACUCGGCACCACGGGCUGGUGGACAGAGUGUAUCGUGACAGAAACCGCCUCGGCUCCCCGCAUCGCCGCCCGCUCUCCGUGGAUAAACAUGGAAGACAAGUGGACAGCUGUCCGUAUGGCACUGUGUAUCUGUCACCUCCCUCAGACACAAGCUGGAGAAGGACAAAUUCCGAUUCUGCCUUGCACCAGAGCACGAUGACUCCAGCUCAGCAAGAGUCCUUCACAGGAGGGUCCCAGGACAUACAGCAGAAAAGAGUUUUAUUACUGACUGUCCCUGGAAUGGAGGAGACCCCCUCUGAGGCAGACAAAACCCUCUCUAAGCAAGGAUGGGACACUAAAAAGACUGGGUCAUCGAGACCUAAAUCAUGUGAAGUUCCAGGAAUCAACAUCUUUCCAUCAGCUGACCAGGAAAACACUACAACACUGAUUCCUGCUACGCAUAACACAGGUGGCUCCCUGCCAGACCUGACAAACAUCCAUUUCCCUUCCCCUCUCCCAACACCGUUAGAUCCUGAGGAAUCCACAUUCCCAGCCCUGAGUAGCUCCAAUAGCACCGGAAAUCUUGCUGCCAAUCUGACUCACUUGGGCAUCAGCACGGCCAGUCAGGGUGUCAAUAAACCCUUGCUCUGUUCCUGUCCCUUCCUGGCAGGAAUGUCACCGCCGGCUCCGGCCCCGCAGCACCGCCCGGCCGCUGUCAGCCCCCUCUCCCUGAGCGCCGACUCCCGGCGGCCGCAGUCGCAGCAGAUGUCUCCUACACUGUCCCCUCUGUCACCCAUCACUCAGGCCGUGGCUAUGGAUGCAUUGUCUCUGGAGCAGCAGCUUCCCCCAUAUCCAUUUUUUACCCAGACAACUUCCCAGCAACAGCAGCAGACGCAGGUGGCAAGUACCCUGCCUCAGAACACUCCUUUAAUGCAGACCUCUGGCUUACAGCGAGGAGCACAGCUCCCCCCGCUCUCUGUCACGGUACCUUCUACCAUCCCACAGUCACCUCCGGGUAGCCAGACCCAGCCAUCCAUGGGAAUAGACAUCAACUCGGCUUCACUCCAGCAGUACCGCAGUAAUGCUGGAUCCCCAGCCAACCAGUCUCCCACCUCUCCUGUCUCCAAUCAAGGCUUCUCUCCUGGCAGCUCCCCUCAACAUUCUUCCAUUCUGGGGAGUGUAUUUGGUGACUCCUAUUAUGAUCAGCAGAUGACAGCUAGGCAGGCUAAUGCCCUAUCCCACCAGCUUGAACAGUUUAAUAUGAUCGAAAACGCCAUUAGUUCCAACAGCCUGUACAGCCCCUGCUCCACCCUCAACUACUCCCAAGCAGCUAUGAUGGGGCUCACCGGCAGCCACGGCAGCCUGCAGGACUCGCAGCAGCUCAAUUACUCCAGCCAUGGAAACAUCCCCAACAUCAUUCUUACAGUGACAGGAGAAUCCCCUCCCAGCUUAUCAAAAGAACUGACCAGCUCGUUGGCAGGAGUGGGAGACGUCAGCUUUGACACGGAUUCCCAGUUCCCUCUGGAUGAACUCAAAAUUGACCCUUUAACCUUGGAUGGACUGCACAUGCUGAACGACCCAGACAUGGUCCUCACCGACCCCGCCACAGAGGACACGUUCAGGAUGGACCGGCUGUGAAGCGCGGACACCAGGAGCGUGGGAAUGACGCUUGUUCCUGGAGCCCAGCCGAACUGGAGAGGCCAGCGGGUCAGUCGUGUGGGAACAGGAGCUGCUGAGAGCAGCAGCUCUGUCCUGUGCACCAUGUACAAUGAGUAAAGCUUGUCGUUCUAAGCUUGCAGCGCUGCAGACCCCUACUCCCUGUCGCGCCGUAUUUCACCCCUUACCCGCUCAUUGCUGUGAAUGAGUAAGGAGUUUCCAUCAGCAGUUUCCUCUCCAGAGCCCCCCCUCCUUUUCCCCCACCGGAGCUCCAGCGUUAUGUUGUCCAUUUAUCCUUUGCACUAGAAAAGGGGCGGUUGGGGGCAGGCGAGGAAGGCUCAGAGCCAGGGGUAAAGCGAUUCCUCCUAACGUACCAAGCUGUUGGGAGGGGGAGAAGCGCCGCUGUGUGCCCCCUCCCUCUCCCCACACUGAUCCCGUGCUGCCACCCUCUGCGAGGGGCCGGGGGAGCUGCGGGAGGGGGGGAUUUGGCUCUGCUUUGUGCCACCCGCUUGGUUGAGUGGAACGCUUCUCCCCUCGUGGCCAGGGUGCCCGCGGGUGCAGGUUGGUCCCUGGCUGUCACCCUCCUCCUCUCCUCAUGCCCCGAGCAGGACCGAGCCCGGCAGCCCCACGGCCAUUUGCCACUCAGCAGGCAACUGUCAACACUAUUUUCAAAGCUUUCUUUGAUUUUAAUAUAUAUGUAAUAUAUAUAUUUAUAUAUAUGUAUGCAUAUAUAAGGAGCAUUUCUGAGCACACACAAAAGUACUAUAAUUCGUUACUUGAUUAGCAUGAAGGAAGGAUCAGAACAUUUUAAAGCAGCUAAAAGAAUCUAGGAGACUAACUUGCAGAGCAUGUUCCUAACAUUACUUUGUGAGAGAUUCCUGGGCAACAGGAAGGGCAUUUCUGUAGCGAUGCCUGGCUCAAAUCACGACUAUUUCUUACGGUUUAUUUUUUAUUCUCAUUCAUUACUUAUUCUGUUACCAUUAUUUAUGAUCUUUUUGUUUUGUUUUGUUUUAUUUAAGUAUUUGGAUAUUAGGAAAGUAGCUAAACUACAUACAGCCAACUGAAGCACUCUACAGCAUCCUUGUACAGUCCAUCUUUUUGUGUUUUUAUUCCAGAAAUAUAUUAUAUAUAUUAUAUAUAUAGGUAUUUUUAACUAACUGGAAUUUUAAACAGAUGUUGAGCAGAAGUAAGGGAGCCUACGGCGAGUCUGGAUGUUUUCCUGUUGUAUAGUCAAAACAGGGUGGCAGGAACCUGGCUAUUCCUUCUCUCACCCUGGAGAAGAACUGGCUUGCUCCGCAGCGCUGUGUCCUCGAGCAGGUGGAGAGUCUGUUGGGCUCAUAACAGAUUAUUUCUGUUAGUCCUUGUUCAUCCUCUGGGCUGCAGUGUCAUGACAGAGUAAAAACCCCACCCCCAACCCACCCCUGGGCGCUGCAGCAGGGGUGUCACCUUGGUGGGGGGCGUGAAUUGAUGGCGAGUCCCAGGUGUGGUUCCCAAUUGGAAAAACGCCUUUAAAGACUCAUGAGGGUUCCAAUGGGCUCAACGCUGAUUGCCAGGGGCCUGUGCAAGCAUUGGCUUGGUUACACUGUGACCUGUGCAGGGCCAGAAUCUGUAGGCACAGGGCCCUCCUCUUGACAGAAGUGAGGGAUUAGUGUUGCUUUGAGUCUAACUAACAAAUUGAAGCUCACGUGGCAUCUCACACCCUGCCCUUGAGGUGAGGGGAUACCUGCUAGAGCACGGCACUCCUGCACGGGAGGGGGCCAACCCUCUCAGCAGUCUGGGUUACAUACACCCCAAAGAGAAGGGCCCGAGGAGUUUCCCUCUCCAGACGAGCUGGGGGUUUAGUUCCCCCCUGGCGCUGGAGUUCCGCACCCGCUCGGGGUCUGGAUUUGCUGUUUGGCCCAAAGCCGUGUCCGUUCUUUCUUGUAAGCAGGACCCAUCCCCUCAUUGCAGCAAUCCCACCCGUCCCCUUCCCCGCGAGCAGGGGUCUCCUCGCUGUAGGCACUGAGCAGUGGUGAAGGUCUGCGGAGGGGCUGGGCUGCUCCUAAUGAGUUGUAUUGGGUUUCUGUGUGCUUCCAGAAAGGGUGGGACACUGUCCUGAGCGCCAGGCAAAGGCUCUGAGCAGCGGCGCUGCCGGGGUCUAACCUGGGUGCGGGUUUGCUCAUGUCCGUGCCAUCAGUUGACCAUUUGCACUAAAAAAAGAUGGGUUUAUUUCCCCUCAAGCUCUUUCCUUACGUGUGUCUCUUCUGUUCCCUCCCACCCGACUGGAAGGUUUUCCUGCAUCCCUGUUGGAAACGUUUGGGGUUGCUAUGUCAGGAUUUAAGCCCGGUAGUACAUGUUAACUCCUGGUGUCUGCUUAUUUCAGAUUGCUCAUGCUUUCUUAAUUUAAGGAGGAGAAAGAAAAAGGUAGCUUUGAACAGGAGGAUCCCCUAAAAGACCGGGAGAACUGGGGCACGGGUGACUCGGAGUCCUCGGCUGUGGAGCAGCCGAAAGCGCAGCGCGAGUUGGAUCCGCUUCCCGCAGUCCCCGUCGCUCCUCGGCGGCGUUCCCGCGUCGCGCUCGCGUUCCAAUGGCUCUCCUGCAUGGAAAUUCUCGUUCGUGAUCUGUUUGUGUUUUUAUUUUGAAACCCAGAGGCACUUCAGAGUGAAGCAGCCGAGUAGGAGGCGAGAUUCCUCACUGGAGACUUUGACAGGGAGCUGUUGCUAAACGCUACCUUCCCAUUGGUUUGUAAACUACGCGUGUACAUAAGAGAUCUUGUUUAUUAGACUUGUAAGUAGACAUUUAAAAUGGCCUUAAUUUAAAAACUAACACGUCUGGAUGCAACUGUCGAAAUUAGGGACCAUCGGGUUGAGAGGAAUCCAGGUUUUGUUCCUGCCGCGCGGGGCGGAGGGCGCUGGGAGCGGGACGGGCUGAGCCCUGGGAAGUGUGCUCCAUCCACCUCGGAGCAGGCACAGGCUGCUCCUAGGAGCAACCCUUUGAGAACCGGCGCAGUUACUUCAACACCUCUUGGGUUUUGCCUCCCCGAAAGCCGGGUUCCAGACGGCGUCGGGGAGGAGCUGCACUUGGAGAGGAGGUUUUCUCUCCCUCUCCCAUUAAAAUGUGGCUUUUUCAAUGUGUGUACACACAAGGCUGGUUUGGAAGCAAACCUGAGCUGUGAGGCUGUGGCACCUCGUGGCUGCGGAAGCGUGGAGCGGAUCCAAGUGCUUUUGGAACAAGUAAUCUGAUUUGGACAACUCAGUAGCUCUGGUUCCAUUUUCAUCGUGCAGGUGGAGCCGUGUGGAGCGGCUGCCCCUUCCCGUCCCGGGACAGAGGAGAGCAGAAACAGAAAGAUCACUUAGCAAAAAAGAAAUAGAUAUAUAUAUAUAAAAAGGAGUAGUAUUUAUAACUUUUUGAGUUAAGUGAUGUUGAAGCUGUCUGGUGUCUCAAAGGGUUACUGCCCAAACGUACCUGCUGAGUGAACCCUGCCCCCUCCCAACACGUGUUUUUAUAGCUAUAGAUAGAAAUAUAUAUUACAAAGCUCCCAAGCUAGACUGUUGCAUUUGCCAAUACAAUGGGGAAAUAACAGGAAUAAACCUUCAGUGCAUCAAAUACUGUGAUUCCCAAGUGGAAAGCCAAGCUUGUGCUGCUUGCAGGGGGCUCUGCCCUUGUACAUACGGUUGUGCCGCGCUUGGCGCCGGCUCGCUAUGGCUCCUGCAUGGCAGCGAGCGCCGGCCCUGCAGCCCCUGCACACAGAGGUGGGGGUUUCCUUUUCAAGAGGGGAAAAGCUUUCCAGAAAGAAGGAAUUGUUCAUUCUUUGUACAUUUUAUGACCUGAUUUUGAACUGAAUUGGUUUUUGUUUCUUUAAAUAAAAAGAAGUGUGCCUGAGGCCCGGGGGUGAAGCCAGAACAGUGCUCGUGGGUGAACCUGCAGCUAGAGAAGGAGCUGCCCUCCGAGUUUGCCUAAAAUCAGCAUCCCAAAACUUAGAGAAUCCUUGAAACUUCCCUCAAACCCAAGCUCUGGACUGCGCUUGUUUGUUAUAAGCUUGGAUUUCUGUGGAAACACCUCUUGAGGCUGGAGGUCCAUCCCGGUCUGAGCCCGACGCUGCCCCUGGGAACCCCCUCUGUGCAUGAAGGAAGCGGGAAGCUCCCGUCCCGUCGGGAUUUCGGGAUUCCAACAGCGUUUAUUCCUCUGCCAAGCGGCCCCCCCGUCACUGUGAUGGCAAUGUGAAAGCGCAGGUAGCGUUCGUUCUGUGUCCUUUGUAAAAAACAAAACCCACAAAAGCCCUUGAAAAAAAAAAGACAGAAUCGAUUUGUAGUUGUUCCUGUUCUUUGUAUUUUUAGUUGCAUCUUCUUUCUACGGCGCAGUGUAGGCAUGGAUUGCAUGUCGGUUUUCUAUGCGGGCACCAUGACAUUCUAACUGUGUAUUAUAAAUCAUUUUUACCUUUUUAAACGGAAUCAUUGUGUGGAAUUUCUAUACUGCAAACCAAAACACUACAUUACGUACUCAUUUGUGUUAUUUAUUUUGCUAGGGGGGGGCGGGGGGUGGUUUUGACUGUGGUGUUAUCUCGCCUUCUGUGGGCUUGACCAAUUUUAUCAAAAUAAAGGCCUAAAGGGGUAAAAUAA